UUGUUUACACUCAGAUGCUGUUAAGGAAAGACAUCCAGUCGUUGAGAGAAGAUUAAGUACAGGUCAACUUAAAAAACUAAGGACUUAUAAUUGUACCAACUUUGUUUUAAGGUAAAUAUUACUAUACUAUGAAGAUGAUGAAUGUGGACUUACUAGUUUUAAGUUUCUGCCUUUGUCUGGGGACAGGACAAAGUGCUGUGGGUAAGAGACAAUAUCAGAUCCAAAACGGGCCGUGCAGCUACACCUUUCUGCUGCCUGAGCAGGAAAACUGCCAAACCCAGAGCAGCAACUACAACUAUCCAGUUCAAAAGGAUGGACCUGUGGACAAUGAGGAGUCGGCUCAGAGGCUAGAACAGCUGGAGAUCAUUAUGGAGAACAACACACAGUGGCUGCUUAAGCUGGAGAACUACAUACAGGACGGCAUGAAGCAGGACAUGGUCCAAAUCCAACAGACUGCUGUACACAACCACACAGCUACGAUGAUUGAAAUUGGAACAAACCUACUGAGCCAAACUGCAGAGCAAACAAGGAAACUGACCAAUGUGGAGGCACAGGUAAUUCAUCAUACAACUCGACUUGAGCGCAAACUUCUUGAAAACUCCUUGUCAACUAACAAGUUGGAAAAACAACUAAUUAUCCAAACAAAUGACAUCAGCAAGCUGAAUGACAAAAACAGCUUUCUAGAGAAAAAGGUGGGGGAGAUGGAGGAGCAGAGACAGGUGGAGCUGAAGAUGCUUCGUGAUGAAAAAGAGCAGCUUCAGUUUCUAAUACUGAGGCAGACCGCUAUAAUUGGCGAGCUGGAGCAGCAGCUGCUCAAAGUCUCCUCCAACAACACUGUGCUGCAGCGUCAGCAGCAGGAGCUACUGGACACCGUGAACAACCUCAUUCACACCAUCUCUGUCGGUUCCGUUCGAGAGAGCAAAACUGUCAUGAUGCAGGACACUCCUACCACAUUCAUGGACUGUGCUGCCGUCUUCAAGGCAGGAAACACCCAAAGUGGAGUCUACACUGUGAUAUUACCCAACACUACAAUAGAGGUUAAGGCUUUCUGUGACAUGGAGACAGAAGGAGGUGGGUGGACAGUACUACAAAAACGCUUUGAUGGCCAUGUUGACUUUCACCGUACGUGGCAAGAGUACAAAAAGGGGUUUGGAGAUCCUUCAGGUGAAUUCUGGUUAGGAAAUGAAUUUGUCUCCACACUGACAAUUCAACAGUCCUAUAAACUAAGGAUCCAGCUGAGCGACUGGGAAGGAAACUCUGCAUACUCACAAUAUGACCAGUUUUCUCUUGACAGCGAAGCACAAAAUUACAGGAUACACCUUAAAGGCUUCAGUGGAACAGCAGGCAAAAUAAGCAGCAUCGGGCAGCCAGGAAGUGAUUUCAGUACAAAGGAUGUGGACAAUGACAAAUGUGUUUGCAAAUGUUCUCAACUGACAACAGGGGGUUGGUGGUUUGAUGCCUGUGGUCCGUCCAAUUUGAAUGGGAUGUAUUACCAACAAGGCCAAAAUUCAAAUCGCUUCAAUGGAAUCAAAUGGUAUUACUGGAAAGGCUCGGGCUACUCACUGAAGUCCACUACCAUGAUGAUGAGACCAGCAGAUUUCUCUGGUUCCCUUUGAACUGUUAUGCUCAGAUUAAACAAAGUGGAAGGGAAAUUCUGCCUGACAAACAGCAACAAACAACACAACCAAAAUAAAAAUUCUCAAGGGACCCAAAGCACUUCAUUAACAUAAAUCUUUUACAUACCUUUGGAAAGACAUAUUUUGGGCAUGUUUAUGUGUAUUGUAAUUUGAAAUAGAGAUUGACAAAAUGUCAAAUAUCUGUCCUGAAAAUACUUAUGACUGUGGUAUGUAUAGAUAAUUAGGUAUAAUAAUUGCAUUGAGUAAUUACAGCUAGCUAACAAGACAGAAGAGGCCAAAGUAAAUUGUGACAUUAUUUAAUCUAAUGUCUUUAAAUAUUUUAAUGUUCAAGCACCCAUUUUACUAUGUUUUAAAUAAUAACUGCUGGUCAUUGUAAAA